UAAAGUUUCGACGCGUUCGUGAAAUUUCAUGAGAUCAAAGUGUCGUGUUUUCCUCAAAACGAAAAAAUCUGGGAAAGGGAAAAUUUUCACGUGAAAAAUCUUCACGUACGUAGAAACGAAUUUUAUCUAUGUUCUCGUGCCAGUGUCCAUAGAUUUUCCAUGAAUUCAACAAUCACUAUCGGAGACACCGACGAAGAGGUGAUUGAUUUGGACUCGAGCCAAGAUACCAUCAAUGAUCUUAACAAUGAUCAAACUGAACAUUUUAAUGAAAGAAACUUAUCAUCGAACAACACUGCGAACGAGACGGAUACUACCAGUGAAAAUGCAGAACAUAAUACAAACGCUUCUACGUCGCAGAUCUGCGACAAUGCGUCUUAUACUUCAAAACCACUUGUUAAGGUUAUGUUUCGAGACGAAAGUGUUUCACGCCAGUAUGGUAAACAGAUAAAAGAGUUUCUGGAGGAAUUGAUACCCUCGACGUUUAAAAGUUCAGAAAAUGACGGUUUGACAUUGGAAAUUUGGGAUAAUGACAUAGACUCUGCGAGUCAAUCAAUUGAAACUAUCACGGAGAGCGAAGAGAGUCAAGAUAUAAUAUGCGACACUCUAUUUACAGUAGAUAAACAACCAAAACUUAAAGACGAUCUUGAUGUCCCGACGUAUGGAAAGAAAUAUGAAAAUGUAUUUGAACAUAACAAGACAGAAUCAAAACAGGAGGAAAAGGAUGACUGUCCACCAAAAUUAAUGUGUUUCAAUUGUAUGGAUAAUCAUAAUUUACGAGAUUGUCCAAAACCACGCAUUCAGGCUAACAUUAAUAAAAAUAGACAAAUUUGGAAUAUCAAAGGAAAUUCUCUUAGAAAGUCUGUUAGAUAUCAUUUAGACGAUGAUCAAAGAUUUAGCCACAUGAUCCCUGGCCAAUUAAGUAGUAGUCUACGAAGAGCAUUGGGUCUUAAAGAUCAUGAAUUACCUAGACAUAUAUACAGAAUGAGAAAACUUGGCUACCCUCCAGGCUGGCUGGAGGAAGCACGCUUACAACACUCCGGUUUGUCGUUAUUCAACUCCGAAGGUGUCGCAGAAAACGAUCCUAACGAGAAGGGAAUAAUCUUUGAGGAUGGAGAUAGAGACCAAUACGAUGUAAAAAAAAUAUACGAUUUCCCUGGCUUUAAUGUACCGCCUCCAAUCGGUACUCGUGACGAGUAUAGGCAGUAUUGGGGAACACAGGCACAGAAUCUUCAUAGUAAGGAAACAAUGUUGAUGAUGCUGAAAGGGAAAAAAGCAGACGAUGGAUAUAAAAGGAAAAAACUCAAAAUAGCUAAUACCGAACUAAAAAAUAAUUUAACACCGGAAUCUACUGCGAUGGAAAUAGAAGAUUUGGGAGAAAGUAUAGUAGAAUGUGUAUCUGUUAAUGGACUUUUUGUGCCGCCGUUACCACCGGAAACCACUGUGAAGCCACCAGAACCGCCGUUACCUUUAGUACAGCCAGUAUCUGAAGAUUCAGACUAUCAUUCGUUGCAAGAAUUGCAAUUCCCUGAAUCGCCGUUACAUAAAAUGUUACAGGAACAUAGUGCAUCGCCAUCUUCUCGCACGAACUCACCGUCAUUAUGUGACUUAGAAAACAUGAAAAAGCGGUUGCUAGUAGAGAUAGAGCUCCAAGAGUCAACGGGUUCGCCCUCGAAUCCUAAUGUUUUGUCGAAGAAUGACUCGCCGAUGUUAAAAUCAGAUAUGCCACCACCUAGUAACGAAGUGACGCCGGAAUCGAAUCGGUUGCGUCAAAGUACACUGAAUUCAAGCUGUGGGAGUGUGAAAUCAGUUGAUCUAGGUACACCCGUUUUGCAGAGCGCAUCUCCGUACAGCAAGUUGCCGCCGUCUGAGAAGUUUUCAAAAAAUAUUUGCGACGUGAUCAAUUUCGUGAACCUGCCGGAUUCAACGGGUAAGUACGAACAAAUGACUGGGGUUUUACAGAAAGUGAGAGACAAAUUAGCAGAACUUCAGCAAGAAUGAUUUCAAAAUGUUUGGUUAAAGUGCAUAAUGUAGAGUAGAUUAUCAUUACAUUUCAUGAGUAUAGAUUUUAUAUACCGCAAAUAAAACAAUAAUUCUAAUUAUUUAUGAGUGUAUACAAAGGUACAUAAGCGGGGUUCAGUGUAGCAGUCUCUUAUUCUUUGUUCCAAACUACGUGUCAUGUUUAAAUAGAAGUGUUUUUAACUAAAUUUAAUUAAGAAUAGUGAAAGCAAUAUAUUUAUUAUUAACCAUUAUCUUGAAUAUGAAAAAUGUUUAAAUUAUAUUCAUCAUCAUUUUGAAUCAUUAUAAUUAGUGUAUUAAAGGAUGAUAGAAUUCCAGUUUUCACAUAAGUAUACAUGCCAGGGCAGGGGGGGGGGGGGGAGUUAAAUUCAAUCGUCCUUAUAAUUGGUCUUCCUAAUUUCGCCACCAAAAACGAAAGGGAGGUAAUAAUUUUUAACCGAAUUUGGGAAUGUCUCACUUUUGAAAAGUACAAAUGUAUAGUAUUUUUCUAAUUAAUUAUUGGCAUUUUUCGUACGAUAUAUCUGUAUGUACAUGAAUAAGGCCACUCGAUAAUCAGCGAGAAAUUUUUAAACUUCAUUCUGUUAUUCAACUAGAACAUUCUCAUGUAAUAAUUUCUUUAUUCCACGUCGUGUAAUUUUCAUUUAUGUAUAAGUAUAGUUCGUUUCAGAAUUGGCGAAUAUCUUUGUUGGUAUAAGAUA